AUGAACUUGGGAACCGCGCCAACUAACGCGACUCAAGCAAAGGAGAGGCUCUAUUCCCAGCUAGCGGGCAGUCUGGGGAGGAUGUCAAGGGCCAUCGGUCAAACGGCCGAUUUGUGUGAACAUCUGCAGGUGGAUCUGCACGCCAUGAGAGUGUUUGCGGGAUUGGACGCAGCGAAGUUUAUGACGGUAGCUGCGCAGCUUAAUUCUGAGGAGGAUGAAAAGGAUACGAGUAACGGAAAGCCGACUGAGAGGUGA